ACAUAUCCCGCAACCCCAACAACAACGCUGACAGCUGAAAAUAAUAUUCACCCCUUUUUAACACCAACAUAACAACGAGUUGGUAAAAAAAAUAAAUUAAUGCGUCGUCAUAACAACGAAACAAUCACCAUAACAACUCGUUUCUAUAUAACAAUCCUAUAACAACGAAGAAGAAGCCGUCUAAAAACUUAAUUUUAAUUUAUUAAGAAACCAUGGGGAAAUUGUCAAAUAUAACGACCCGCCUGCGCCGGGCGACCCGUUCCCUUGGAAACCGAUUUUCCACUAAAAAACCUCAUCAAAACAUUUCCAUGACAACCUCAUUAAAUUCCUUGGUAACAAGAUCCACACAAGUUUUAAACAACAUGUCGUCAAUGGAAUUAUUUUCCUGUUGCUUUGGCAACAACAAUGAGAAUAAAUCAGAAUCCGUCGUCAUAGCAACGAGCCCAAUAAUUCAAGAAGUCAUGCCGGAUAAUUUAGAGGAGUUUGAAGUGGCUUUCUUGGAAUUUGUGGAAGAUUUGGACCUCACGGGGCCCUGUAAAUCCACGAUCCUCAGUUUGGACCUCCAGAAAAAAUGGCAGAUUUUCUCGAGUAAAGAACUUCCUCUGGAGGGGAAGGUCACGCUGAGUCCGGAAUAUUACAUUGACCGACUGGGGAAUGUCAUGGCCCCGGAGGAGACCCACACCCACCACCUCUACACCUCGCUCCACCUCUCCCUCCGCACCCAGCCCAACAAGUUUGUGACCAAGUUCCUCUCCCUUUCCGGCCUGGAAUUACUACUUUCUCGGCUGACCCCCCCCUCCUCCUCCCACAUCCUCAAGUGCAUAAAAUCCUUGAUGAACAACUCGAAGGGUCGCCAGUACUUCCUCACGGACCAGAAAUUCAUCAAUAAAAUCAUCGAAAUGGUCGCUUUCGACUGUGUCAAAACGAAAGUGGACGUGUUUGAGAUUUUGGGAGCGCUGUGUUUGGUGCCGGGGGGUUGGAAAAUGGUGCUCGACGCCGUGGAUUGGUUGGAGCAGUGGGGGGAGGAGAGGGCUAGGUUUUUGACCAUCCUGAACGACCUGGACCGCUCCACGGGCAACUACCGAACCUCGCUCCACCUAAAAACCGCAAUCAUGUCCUUCCUGAACGCCCUUUUGAAUUACGGCCCAGGCGAAGAAAGCUUGGAAUUCCGGCUCCACCUCCGCUUCGAACUUUUGCAGCUCGGAAUCGAACCAAUUUUGAAAAAAUUACGGAAAUUAGACAACGAAAUUCUGGAUAAACACUUGGAUUUUUUCGAAGCCGUGUGGGCCUCGGAUUUGGAAUUGUCAAAUAAUUCCACGGUUUGUAACCAUGGGAAUCUGGAUGAAAUGUGGAAAUAUUUAAAGGAAAAGUGCUGUCAUUCCUUCGAGUGGAAGUAUUUAGAGAGGAUUUUACAUGGGCUUGUGAGAGCCCCCCACCCCCACCGCUGCCUCCAGCUAAUCUCCAUUUUGCUCAUGGAAAUCACUCUGCACGAGGAUUUGGAGAAUUACUCGUUAUCAAAAAUAAACAUUUCCAUGGAAACGAUAUUUCAAAAAUUGGAAACCACGGAAAAGUGUGAAAAAUACCGAAUGGAAAUUGAUUUAAUGAAAAAAUUGCUAAAAGACAAAGAACACGAGUGGGAGGAGCUACAAAUUGAAUUUAAGAAAAACCUAGUUCAAGGGGAGGAGUGGAAACGGAAAUGGGAGGAGCUUAAACUCAAACCACCGCCCAGAAAUAAAAAAAUCCCACCCAUCAACCAAUCAGAAGAGCCGAGGGGCGGAGUUACUACCUUAGCUCCUCCCCCACUAACCAAUGGGAUAAUCGCCCCUACCAUAACCCCGCCUACAAAUCAAAUAACCCCGCCUACAAUCCCACCUCCAGGACCGCCCCCACCCCCACCUCCUCCUCCACCACCCCCUCCCCCUCCCCCACCACCAACCCUCCACGAAACCCUCUCGAAAAAAACCACCCCCACCCCGCCACACCCCCUAAAAUCCCUUAAUUGGACGCUCCUCCCCCAAAUCCAAAACACAAUUUGGGAAGAAAUAGACGAAUCCACAAUCUAUCAAACUUUGGACCUCCCCCUGAUCCAAACCCUAUUCGCAAGCCACACCCACCACCAAAACUCCUCCCACCAUAACCCCACCCACCACUCCACCCACACCCACCUCCACUCCAGCACGAUCUUGGACCCCCGCAAAUCCCAGAACCUCACGAUCCUCCUCUCCCGCCUCAAACAAUCCAACGAAUUGAUCACCCAUGGAAUUGCUACCAUGGAAACCAACAUUUCCGUCGAUAUGCUCGAACAACUCGUCAAAUUCCUCCCAACAAAAGAGGAAAUCCAACUUUUAACCUCGGUUUCCAUGGAAAAUUCAAUAAACCGAGCAGACCUAUUCCUUUUUGGACUCUUAAAAAUCCCAAACUACGAACAAAAACUAAUGGCGAUUAUUUUCCUCAAAAAAUUAAAUCCAACAACAGAAGAAUUAAAUCAAAAAUUAAUCCAGAUUAAAAAAACCUUGGAAAACUUUACAAAUUCCCCGAAAUUAAAAGAGUUUUUAAAAUUAGUCCUGGCCGUUGGAAACUAUUUAAAUCGAGGGUCACGUGGCAAUUGCUAUGGUUUCAGACUCACUUCUUUAAAUAAAUUAAAAGACACGAAAGGACUCGGCGGGGUCAGCUUGCUAAACUUUUUAGUCAUGGAAAUUUAUGAUAAAUUUCCUAAAAUCGCCGAUUUAGAGCUGGAUUUUGGAGAGAAUUUGAAGUUUGCUGCGAAGAUUAAUUUGAAAGAUUUGGAAUUUGAUGUUAAAUGGUUGGUGGAGGGGGUGGGGUGGGUCAAGGGGGUUUAUUCUGAUGGGGGGGAGAUUUGUGAGGAGGUCGAGGGGGUCGUGAGGGGGGUGGAAAGGGAGUUUCAAGUUGUUUGGGGGGAGCUCAAAAAGGUGGCUCGAUUCUUUGGAGAAACGGAUUUUGAGGAUUUUUUCAUCAUUUUUGACGAGUUUUUGACGAGUUUCGUGGAAACAUUGAAUGAAAUUAAGCUCAAAAAGGUUAAAAAAGAGAUCGAGAAUGAUUACGCGACGUUGAAAAUCAAGGAGAAGCCGCAGCCACGAAAAAAAUCCACGGAAAAUAUAAACCUGGGAAAAAAUGAAAAUGGCGAAUUUGACGAUUUAAUCUCUGCUUUAAGAACGGGCGACGUCUUCAGUGAAGAACACCAUUUAAAGAAGCGGACAAAUUCCCGAAUUGCUCGAAACAAUGGGAAAAAAGAAUCAAACCAAUCAAGGGAAAGAAUUCAGUAGUCAUGGAAACGAUCGAGACUUUUUUUUAAAAACACAUGUGCCAUUUAUUUUUGUAAUUUUUUUAAAGUUUUUUAAUAAAUUUCUUAACGAAAAAAAAUAUGGCGAUUUAUUUGGCUAG